GUGCAGCAGCCGGCGUGCUAACAGGACAGAGGCUACUUCCAUCUUUUAUAUACAGGCUGGUUUGGGGUCAGGUGGUAACUCUGAAAGGAGGAGCUUAAACCCGAUGAGCUCAUGUUUGCAGGUCUUAUUUCUCACAAAUACCCGUAGGAGCUAACAUCCUUCUCCACCUGCUGUCCUCUCAGCGUGACGAGGAGACGAGGAGGCAUCAUGCCAAAGAAGAUGAAGAAGAGCGUGGGGAAGUCUGACGAGGAGAGACAGGUGCACCUGCAGCAGCGCGCUCAGGCUGAGGAGGAGCUGAAGCAGAAGAAGGAGGAGACGCUCGGCCUGUUCCUGAAGGACAAGCUGCAGAAGGAGCAGAGGAACACUGCUGUGAACCUGCUGAAGCUCCACGACGGCUGGAGGGCAAUCCUCCGCCAGACCAGGGAUGCCGAGCUGCGCCAUGACAUCAUCGUGCUCCAGCAGACGUUUGAGAGGACGCUGGACGACCUGGACAGCACCGUCCAGAAGCUGAUGGGCGACGUGCAGGAGACCGAGCGCCAGGAGGCGCACAUGCAGCGCUGCCACCUGCACCACAUGGAGGCGCUGUGGGCGCUGCAGGCCGCACGGCUGCAGGGUCUGCAGCAGCAGUGGGAGCGUGCCCUGGAGGACGUCAGCGCCAGCGUCAGCUCUCAGAGGCAGCAGAUGUUGGAGCAGUCUCAGCAGCAGGAGAUCCAGCUGCAGGAGCUGACCCUGACGGCGGAGUUGCACAACACGGACGCCAUGAAUGACAUCAGGAUGCUGCUCGAGGACACGCUGGCGAUGUACACGUGCUCUCUGGAGGAGCAGGUGGCUGCUCUGGAGGGCAGGGAGGAGGUGAGUGACGCCACCCAGACGAGCUUGGAGCACCUGCAGAAAAGUAUCGUCAAGGUAACGCAGCUCGAGAAGCAGCUCGCAGACAACCAGAAGAAGAUCAGCGAAGACUUGAAGACCACCAAGAAGCUGGAGGACGCCGUCCGCAGGCUGAGGGAGAAGAUGAUCUCCAACAAGGCAGAAAACAGCUCGCUGGAAGAGGACCUGACCGCCACCAUACAUGAGCUCAACUGCAGGUCUCACGCACUCCAGGACCACCUGACCCAGUCGCACACGGCGGCGAGGAAGAGGCUCACCGAGCUCGCCGUCCAGGGUGACGCCGCCGCCAAGAACCUGCAGGCCGUCGUCACCAAGGGCGAGAGGGUUCUACGGGCCGCAGACAUCUGCCACCGGCUGGAGACGCAACACGACACGUUACUGACAUCAUCAUCAUCACGACGCACAGACGAGUGCCAACAGGACACGCCAGCAAAGGACGUCUGUAGGUUCCCAGAACUGCAGCAGCUGCGGCGGAGCAGCAGCAGCGCUGUGCUGCAGCGUGAAGCUCUGAGGAAGCACAGCAAGGACCUGAGGCGUGAGAACGAACAGCUGCAGCUUUUGCUGCGUCAGCAUGACCACCACGCCCACUUGCCCCCACUACACGUGGCCCGAGCUCCAACCACCACCAGCACCACACCUGCUACUGCGAGGGGUAGGAGCCACGUCACGGUCAUCGAAGCUGCCCACGCCGUCUUGAAGCAGUGACUAAUUAAAAUGUGUUCGCUAUGACGACCAGCAGGACGACUCCUGAUGUGCUUUGAGCUUUCUUGCUAAAGGGGCGUGUCCAUAUAGGAGGGACCGGCCUGCAGUAUACUUGAGUACUUUUAGUCGAGUAUUGUGUGAAAGUCUUUGUAUGUUCUCCAGUUUCCAAGUGUUUGCUGCUCUGAUUGAACAUUAGCUCGCUCUACAGACAAGUUUGUUUUGGGUGAGGAACAGAAAUCUGUGCAAAGCCUUUUUAUACACUCCCACCACCAGGGGGCAGAGUUUCACCAGGAAGUAGCCACUCACUUGUUAGCAUCCAGGUACCAGCUUGGAUAAACAGGAAGUAUAAACAGCAUGAUAUAACUUCCGUAAACUUUUCCUGACGAGGUUUUGGUCUCAGCUGCUGUCUUUGGGGGUCUUCGGGUCGUGGCUGCUGGUCGGCCCCACAGGUGUGGCUCUGAAUAACACCCAGCAGGUAGCGCCACAUACGGCGAAUUAAACACACAAAAAAGAAGAGAGAAAAACAUGACCGUGAGGAAAAACAACUUUAAAAAGGUGAGCUUAGCAAAGGUGACUCACUGACCUGAAUACCUGAAGUGACCCUCACCUGGUUACCGCUGCUAACGCCCAUCAGGGCCUGGCAGGUGAGGGAAACGUGAUCUGCUGAUCUUUUCAUGGUUUGUGGUGUCGGGUUUAUUUCUCAUCCGAUGUUCUGACUGUGAUGGAGGGUGGAGAAGUUACAGGAACUGUUUCUGCUGUGAGCCAAGCUGUUCACCAGCUAAUGUUUGCAGGUGAACAGCGCCCCCGAGUGGAAAGCACAAAGAAGGGUUUGAGGCCAGCAAACCAAAUCCUCUUCCUGCAUUUAGACUUGUUUUUAAUGAAAGUGUGUGACUGAGGAAUACAUGAAAUCUUCUUAUUUGCUGUGUUUAUAUAACAUCUGAAUAAAUGUACAAGAAAACCGAA